AAGGAAUCCUCGCGACCAUAGCCCGAUCUGACGAAGCAACGACAUUAUUCCUGGAUUUUCCCUGGAUAUACUACAUACCUAAGAGGCGCUUUGGUUGAAAGGGCACUCAGGAUCAGUUUCACCUCACGAGCGCUUCCAUCAACUCCGACGCGAGCGAGACAUUUAUAUUGCGCCUAUCAGGCUGUACUGCUGCAGGAUUGGCGGUAUCGCAAACCAAAUUCGAUCGCUCCUCUGGGAACUCGGUUCUCCAUCCAAACAUGGAGGCCUCCGGGCUCCGCAGAAAAGACACGACAAAAGGCCCGCCGCUUCGAAUAUUGUCAUUAGAUGGCGGUGGCGUACGGGGAUAUUCUAUGCUCAUCCUCCUUCAAGAACUGAUGCACCGGACAUUCGUCGAAAUCGAAGGCCGCGCUCCGAAGCGACACGAGAUUCCCAAACCAUGCGAUCAUUUUGAUCUGAUUGCGGGAACGGGGACUGGCGGGUUGAUCGCGUUGAUGUUGGGUCGCCUACGGCUGGACAUUGAGACUUGCAAAGAUCUCUACGUGCGGUUGACCAAGCGCGUCUUCGAAACCGACAAGACCAUUGCCGGAAUCCCGUACCGCAGCACUUUGUUCAAGGCCGCGAAACUCGAGGAGGCGAUCCGAGAGUGCGUGAGGGACCAUACGCUAUACGCAGAUGAAGGGAAUGACGAUGAAGAUGCGCCAGACGCGCCAUCACCCACCCGAGAUAGUCUGGACGUUAGGAUGCCUGGAUCCGCAGGUCCUCAGCGGACAUUUAGCAAUGCAAGUCGAUACAGUCAGAUCGGCACCUCGCCCCAGCGAUAUAGCCUUGGGGGAUUCUCAAGAUGGGGAAACCCGAACACACUUCUAUAUGAUCGAAGAGAAAACAGGACGAAAACCGCUGUAACAGCAGUCUACCGAGGACAAUCUCGAUCCGGUUCAACUAGUCUCCUCCGAAGCUACGAUUCUCGAAAGGAGCCAGCUCCGGAAUUCGAUUGCACCAUCUGGCAAGCCGGUCGGGCGACCUCUGCAAUCGGCCUUGCUUUCAAGCCUAUCCAGAUCGGACAAUCCGUCUUCCACGACGACGGGGUUGGCAAAUACAACCCUGCCCCACAAAUUCUCGAUGAAGCUGUUUGCAACGAAUGGCCCGGCCGCGAAGUCGGAUUAUUCGUAUCCAUCGGAACAGGCAAACGUCCUUCAGGGACAAGUUCGCAGCAACAACUCUGGUGGGAGGGCUUCGUGGGGCCGACAAUUGGGGAGUUUGCCGAAGCGCGGCGAAGACUGAUGCAAAAGAUCGAAGAGUGCGAAGACAUUCACCACUACGUGUUGAAAGAGCACCUUGCACGUCGCGGCGUCAACGUGGAAAACUACUACCGCCUCAACGUCGAAGUGGGUGUUGGUGAAUUCGGCAUGAAUGAGUGGAACCGACUCGCCGACAUCAGUACAAACACCCGGAUGUAUCUGGCGAAAGACAAGGUGCAAUCGAUGAAUCUUGAUGCCGCCGCGAAGCUGGCUCGCAUCCACCGCGCAAAGCAGCGCUGGGAGCGCAUAGCGCGACCAGAUCAACAGCAACCCCAAGACUGGAGUAACUUCUCCAAAUGGGGACCAUUUCGCCCUCCAGUUGGGGCUAUCGCGGAGGUCCCACCACCAAGCAACCCCAUCGCCAUCGAGCUCCCUGCCGAAGAUGUCGCCCUUCCCCCACAUCAAUCCCAACCUCCCUCAAUCAACUUUUCUGCCCCUCCGCCGUUCCACCCCCCAUUACCCCCACGACCGCCAACUGCCGACUCCGGGAAGUUUGCCGUAAUAUCAUCCGACGAAUACCCCCAGCCCGUUCAAUCGCAUCCCGACACCCUCCCGCACCAUCCAGCACCCAUCGGCGGGACGCACAUCGCUCCGCAGUCAUUACCGCCACCGCCACCGCGAAGGUCCAACGAUCAGAGAAGAAGCGGGGAGGAACAACGACCCGGGGCCGGCUUACCACCGCCUAUCCCGCCGAAAACACCAAUUCCGGGGGCGUCAAGACCGAGCCCGCGGUUACCGUAUCCCGAUGCAGACGGACCACCGCCUAUGGUCAAUCGCGGACGAAAACCGGAAUUCAGAGGUUAAAAUGUUGCAUCCCUUAGCAUUGCACGUCCUUUUCUAGUCUCGGCGAUUCGUGCAGCCACUGGCGCUUGGUUUGGGGCAAUGUACGUGGGCUCAAAUUGAUGAGCUUCAUUUUGCUUUUUUCUAGAUACCUCCUUCGCAUGGGUUUCAGGUUCAUGUGUGAUGAUAGCAGAUCCGGAUUGAUGAUGGUUAUUAUGACUUACGGAAG